AUGCUCCUACAGCCACAGCACCUCUCAGGAUCAAAAGACCCUACAGCUGGCCAGGAUAAGGAGAAGGCAGCUAAAGCGUUUCAGAACUGGGUUAAGACUGUGCCAGAUAACCAUACGAUUAUCUACUCAGACGGCUCUAAAGCCACUAAUGGGGCUACGGGAUUCGGCUUUGUUAUCUACCGCGGAAACAAACGGAUAGCCCAAGGGUGCGGCCGUCUCAGCAUUGCAGAAGUAUUUGAUGGCGAGGCAGAGGGGGCGAGGGCAGGGCUCCAAAGGGCCCUUCCUACCUCCCAAGGCCAGCCUAUACAUAUCUGUAUUGAUAACACCAGUGUCAUCCAGGGGAUACGCGGCAACAUCCCAGACUCCUCACAAGCUGCCUUCUUAGAGAUCCAGGCAGCAGCCAGGAUAUAUACUAUACAAACCCACUGGUCCCCAGGGCACCAAGGGAUAAAAGGAAACGAGGAGGCUGACAGCUUAGCUAAGGAGGGCACAACGCUGCCAGUCCCCAGAGGCCUACUGCCGACCCUAUCAGGGAUCAAGCGGCUUGCUCAAGAACGCAAACAACACCAGCAUAGAAAAUGGUGGAAGAAAGAGGCACCCCCCUGUUAUACCCAGCUGGGGCUUAAGGCCACCCUUGGCUGCCCUCCUGAACUAGCUCUACCAAGAGCUACCCUUCAUCAUCUCCUAGCAGCACGAUCAGGCCACGGAGACUUCGAACAGUAUCAUCAACGCUUUAACCACACAGAAGCACUGCUUUCCUGCUCCUGCGGGGAGGCUAAAGAGGCAGACCACCUGGUCUACUGCCGUAAGACACUAGUGAGGAGGCAACGGUGGCCUAUCCUCCACCCUUAUAGUCGAAGGGAGCCUCUAGGACCUAUAGGCUCUCUAGAGCGCUACUUUAAGGGGCUAAUCACCGAUUAUGAAGGCUUCCAGGCCUUCCUUGACGUGACAGACUUCUUCCAGAAGAUCUGCCCGCGUUACUAA